AAGAGAUCUGGGUGUGUGUGUGAGAGAAAUAAAGAGAGUUGUAAUUGUAAAAUAAAGAGAAGCAGCAGUAGAGAUCAGAGGUAGAGAGGAGAGAAUAGAUACGUUCGUAGGAGGAUUUAACAGAUAGCAGUAGAGGUUUCUGUAGUUUCUCUCCCUUCUCUUCUUUUGUAAUUUCAUGCCCACCAACAAAACCCACCCAAAGUCAUCGUCAUCAUGAAAGACCCUCUGCACUCUGCACCCAGCACUCCAAAAAAGAAGGCCCUCUAGUUCUCCCUCUUCAAAACCUAAACCUCUCCCCUCCCUUAACAGCACCACCCUCCAGCUCUCAACCCCAACCCCUGCGACGCCACCAUGGCCAUGAAACUUCCUUUUCCUCCUCCUUUUCUUCUUCUAUCUCUGAUCACAUUCUCGAUCUUGUCGUUCCGAACCUCCCCAGCAUUCUCUGCAGUUCCCACGGCUAUGCCUCUCCAGCUCUUCUCUCUUCUUAGGCUCAAAUCCUCUCUCAGAGACCCGCUCGCCACCUUCCUUGACUGGGACCCGACCCCGGCCUUCUCCAUUCACACUAAUUCCCAAGCCGACCCAGUUUGGUGUUCCUGGUCAGGCGUCAAAUGCCACCCCAAAACCGCACAAGUCACCACCCUCGACCUCUCUUGUCGCAAUCUCUCCGGCUCCAUCCCGCCCGAAAUCCGGUACUUGUCACGCUUAAUCCACUUGAACCUGAGCCGAAAUGACUUCGAAGGACCUCUUCCACAAUCCAUUUUCGAGUUAUCGGAAUUGAAGACCCUAGAUAUCAACCACAACAACUUCAACUCAACAUUCCCACCUGGGAUUUCCAGGCUAAAGUUCUUGCGCCUCUUCAACGCUUACAGCAACAGCUUUACCGGCCCACUUCCACAAGACCUCGUCCACCUUCGGUACCUGAAGGAGCUUAACCUCGGCGGAAGCUACUUCGAACGUAGUAUCCCAUCAAGCUAUGGUAAUUUCCCGAGGCUCAAGUUUCUCUACCUGCAUGGGAACUUGUUAAGCGGUCCGCUACCGUCACAGUUAGGUUUCUUGACGCAGCUCGAGCACAUGGAGAUCGGUUACAACGAGUUCGAAGGCGGUUUACCCGUGGAAUACUCUCGGUUGUCAAAUCUUAAGUACUUGGACAUUUCCAACGCCAAUCUCUCUGGUACUCUUGCACCCGAGUUCGGAAACCUUUCGAUGCUAGAGGCUUUGCUGCUCUUCAAGAACCGGAUUUCCGGCGUAAUCCCGGCUAGUUUGGGUAAUUUGAAAGCAAUCAAGGCUCUGGACUUGUCCGAUAACCGGUUUUCGGGAACGAUCCCUAAAGAACUGGCUGCCUUGGAGGGACUCACCUUGAUGAGCCUAUUGAAGAACAAUUUAAGCGGCGAAAUACCGGAAAGUAUCGGUGAGUUGCCGAACCUCGAAACGUUACUCUUAUGGAACAAUUCGUUAAACGGUACUAUUCCACAAAUGCUGGGGUCCAACGCCAAGUUACAGAAGCUCGACCUGUCAUCGAACACGCUCACCGGCCCAAUCCCACCGAACCUUUGCCUUGGAAACAAGUUGACUAACCUUAUUCUCUUCUCCAACAGGCUCGUCGAUCAGCUGCCGACAACGUUAACAAGCUGCACUACUUUGUAUCGGUUUCGGGUUCAAAACAACCAGCUCAACGGCUCCAUCCCUUACGGUUUCGGGUCCUUGCCAAACCUUUCCUUCGUGGACCUGAGCGCGAACAAUUUCACUGGGCCAAUCCCACACGACAUAGGCAAUGCCGUGAAAUUGGAGCAGUUGAACAUCUCACAAAACCAGUUUGACUCCUUUUUGCCAGACAAUAUAUGGAACGCCACGAACUUGAUGAUCUUCUCUGCCAGAUCCGCCAACCUCAUCGGGAAAAUCCCGGACUUCAUAGGGUGCAAAAGCCUGUACAAGAUCGAGCUGCAAGGAAACUCCCUCAACGGUUCCAUUCCUUGGGACAUCGGCCAUUGCGAGAGGCUUCUGUAUUUCAAUCUAAGCCAUAAUUCACUCACAGGAAUAAUCCCCUGGGAGAUCUCCACCCUCCCCUCGAUCACUGAGGUCGACCUUGCAUGUAAUUUCCUCACGGGGACGAUCCCCUCCAAUUUUGGUAACUGCACCACAUUGGAAAGCUUCAACGUUUCCUACAAUCUGCUAACCGGACCGAUUCCAUCCUUUGGCACGAUAUUCCCAAGCCUCCAUCCGUCGUCGUUCUCGGGAAACGAGGGUCUCUGCGGAGGAAUAUUGGAGAAGCCCUGUGCGGCCGACACGUGGGCAGCUCCCGUCGAGGAGGCUAAGAAGCAACAGCCCAAGAGAACGGCCGGGGCCGUAGUGUGGAUAAUUGCGCUGGCCUUUGGAAUCGGCCUGUUCGUACUCGCCGCCGGAACCCGGUGCUUCCAUACGAAUUACAGCCGUCGAUUCAACAACGAGCGGGAGAUCGGGCCGUGGCGAUUGACCGCGUUCCAGAGGUUGAACUUCACGGCGGAUGACGUGCUGGAGUGUUUGUCCACGACGGAUAAGAUAUUGGGGAUGGGGUCCACGGGGACAGUUUACAAGGCGGAGAUGCCAGGUGGCGAGAUCAUAGCGGUUAAGAAGUUGUGGGGAAAGCACAAGGACAACGUGAGGAGGAGCAGAGGAGUGUUGGCGGAGGUGGACGUGUUAGGAAACGUGAGGCACAGGAACAUAGUGAGAUUGUUAGGGUGCUGUAGCAACAGGGAGUGCACCAUGCUGCUCUACGAGUACAUGCCCAACGGCAAUUUGGACGAUCUUUUGCACUCCAAUAACAAGGGCGAAAAUUUGGUGGCUGAUUGGGUUACCAGGUACAAGAUUGCUCUCGGGGUGGCUCAGGGGAUUUGCUAUCUUCACCACGACUGUGACCCAGUGAUCGUGCACCGGGAUCUGAAGCCCAGUAAUAUUUUGCUGGACGCUGAUAUGGAAGCCAGGGUGGCGGAUUUUGGUGUCGCAAAGCUCAUCCAAAGCGACGAGUCCAUGUCGGUGAUUGCCGGGUCCUAUGGUUACAUUGCGCCAGAAUAUGCUUAUACCCUGCAAGUUGAUGAAAAGAGUGAUAUAUAUAGUUUUGGGGUAGUGUUGAUGGAGAUUUUAAGCGGUAAAAGAUCCGUGGAUGCUGAAUUUGGAGAUGGGAACAGCGUUGUUGAUUGGGUGAGGUCUAAGUUAAAGACCAAGGAUGGUAUCAAUGACGUCUUGGACAAGAACGCCGGGGCUUCGUGUGCACCUGUCAGGGAGGAGAUGAUGCAAAUGCUUAGAAUUGCAUUGCUUUGCACCAGUCGUAAUCCGGCAGACCGGCCCUCCAUGAGAGAUGUUGUGUUGAUGCUGCAAGAAGCAAAGCCCAAGAGGAAAUUACUCGAGAACUUGGCGGACGGUGGUGGUUGUGAUAGUGUGGUUAUAAGUUGUGGCGGAGGUGGUGGUGAAAUUCCUUUGGCACAAAAGCCAGCAGUGGAUUAAUGUUAAUAUAUGAUAUUUAAUUUACUUGGUUUUUUUUUUUUUUUUUGAACUUUUCAAAUUGUGGGGGGAUUGGUAUAGGAGAGAAGUGAUUUUUCUUUUGGGUUUUCAAUUGAAUUUUCAUGUCUUCUCGGUCUACUUUCUACGUGGUUAUAAUUAUGUGUUUGGGUGUGAGUUGAUGCUUGCUUAUAAAUUCAAGGGUGUAAAUGAUGGUAA